GUUGUGUGGCGCGGGGCGCCGGAGUCUGCGGCAUAGAUUGCCAUUUAAUCAUUUUUGUCAAUGAUGGCAUUAUCUUAAGCCUCUGUGACUUCUACGGGACGGAAUGACCAGUCAUUACAAUGUGCCCAACUGGGCUGGGAAGGCCCCAGUUGGUCUUCACCUGGAUGUGCUGAAAGGAGACAAGCUAGCCCAGAAGCUGAUGGUGGAUGAGAAGCGCUGCUACCUGUUUGGCCGGAACCCUCAGCUCAAUGAUUUCUGCAUUGACCAUGCCAGCUGCUCACGGGUCCAUGCUGCCAUGGUCUGGCACAAGCACCUAGAUCGUGCCUUUCUUGUUGAUCUAGGCAGCACCCAUGGCACCUACAUCGGCUCGAUGCGCAUUGAGUCCAACAAGCCGACGCAGCUUCCGAUCGACUCCGCGUUCCACUUCGGCGCGUCGACACGCGUGUACAUGCUGCGCGAGCGACCGCAGCAGGCCAGCAAGCCGGUGAUGGAGGAGCUGGAGCUGGCCGGAGACGAGACGGACGGCGCGCUGCUCGGCCUGCCCGAGACCGAGACUGAGCUGGACAACCUCACCGAGUUCAACACGGCGCACAACCGGCGCGUGACGAUGUUGGGCAUCGCUGAUGACGACUUCAAGCCGACCAUGCGCCGGCGCAACAAGCGCAGCGUCUCCUUCAACGAGGACGAGGAGGUGAUCAACCCGGAGGACGUGGACCCGUCUGUGGGCCGCUUCAGGAACCUCGUCUCCACCACCGUCAUACCGGUGAAGCGGGCUCGCAUGGAGGGCGGCGCGGCGGCGCCGUCGGCUCCGGCGCGACACCAGCGCCGUCUGUCGGACGGCGGCGGCGGCGCCUCGCUGUACGGCGACCUGCCGCCGGCCGAGCAGGGCGCCACGUCGCCGCCGGCCGCGGCGCACGCCACUUUCAGUUUCAGCCUCGGCAGCAAGCUCGGCAUCGGUGUCAACCCCGCUCCCGAGGUCGAGGAGCGCGUGGAGCCUGAGGUGCCUGUGGCUGCUGCCGCCGGCGCCACCAUGGUCGGGCCCGUGGACAACCCGGCCGCCCACGAGCCGCGCAAGAAGAAGUACGCCAAGGAGAUGUGGCCCGGCAAGAAGUCGGCGCCGGCGCUGCUGGUGUGAGCGGCGAUGUCGGCGGCUGCCCGCGCAGGUGCCGCCCAGUGCUGGUGUCUCGCGCCGCGCCGGGGACGGGAACGCCCGUGUGACCCUGCUCCUGCUCGACCCGGCGGAGGCCGGCGGUCGAGCGCCGUGACGCUGCCGCGCCCCGACUCUACCGCCGCGCUGCGGCGCAGU